CAUCAUAGUAUGUCCAUGUGUGAAAGUAUACAAAUACUUUUCAAACAAAUCUUUGCCUUUUGUUUGCUCUCUGAAGAGAGUUUGAACAAGAGCAGGAACCCAGUGACUAAGGAUUAGCACCUCUCUUUUUCUUCCGACGAGAUUUGAUCUUAACCUUUUUAUCAAAAGGUAACCAGAUAAGAAAGAAGAGUGUUGACGACAUUUUCGAGCCGGAAGCUCGAUAGAUUGCUACCAUGGGCGACGAAAACAUCUAUACGAAUGAUGGAACAGUGGAUAUCCAUAAAAAUCUUGCUGAUAAGACGAAAACCGGAAAUUGGAAAGCAUGCCGUUUUAUCCUUGGAAAUGAAUUCUCUGAGAGGUUGGCAUACUAUGGCAUGAGUACAAAUCUGGUGAAUUAUCUUACGUUACGCCUUGGCCAAUCUAAUGUGACUGCAUCAAACAAUGUUACGAAUUGGUCGGGAACUUGCUAUAUCACACCACUGAUUGGAGCUUUCGUGGCUGAUUCCUACCUCGGAAGAUACCGGACCAUUGCCAGUUUCGUAUUCAUUUAUGUUAUAGUGAGUAUUUCUCCUGCGUCUUCAAUAUACUUAUUUGAUCUCACUAUGAAUAUUUUGUUCUAGUUCUUGGGGAUCCUCUGUUACUGCCGCAUGUUUGUUGGGGGAGAAUUGGACACUACCAGUUAAUGACCCGGUGUUUGUACCCAAGCCGUUAACUUACUUAUUGUCCGCUUUAUAUCAGGAUUCGACUUAAAUCUCUUUUAAGAGAAGGUCAAGAGUUCGAAUCUAGGGAUGCGAUAGAAAUCUGUGGAAGGGUAAGAUGGCAAUCCAUAAGUCAACGGCUUGGGCAUAGAGGCUAGAUCAUU